GCGUCGACCACCGCCGGCCCGCUGCAAUUGCACAGAUGACCAUCCAAAGCGUGUGCAUUUAACAAAACGGCCCACACGCAUGACUUACGCCGCCGCGGCGAGGGCUCGCGUCGCCCGGAUAUUUAUUGGGGGGUUGGCCAUCGACAGUGACCAUUCUCGCUGACUCGGAAUCGCCGGCUGUGCCAGCUGCACCCACCAGGAACUAGGAAGAUGCUUUCCGUGCGCGUGCUCCUGGCAGUCUUGAUUGCGGGCCUUCAUAUUACGCGGGUGCUAGCGUGGGCGGAAGAAUUGAAGGCGGGCAAUACAUGUACCAUCCAGCCGUUGGGAGAGGGACAGGACGAUACAGACCAGAUCGAGGCUGCCGUUUCGCGAUGCGGCCAUUAUGGAACGACAGUCAUCUCCGACGGUGUCUACAACGUGACGAGGAAGAUGAUGUGGAACCUGGUCGAGGCCAGGGUUGACCUACAUGGUUAUCUCAACUUCACAGCGAAUUUGCCUUACUGGAUGAACCCAGAAAACACGUACCGUGUCGUGUACAUUCAGGACCAAGCAUCGUGGUUCGUUGUCACAGGGCGCGACUUCACCAUUGAUGCGCAUAACACCGGUGGGAUCAUCGGCAACGGGCAGUACUGGUGGAACUGGUAUGGGACCACCAGCCGACUUGACGGCGAUGGGCGGCCUAUCGCCUUCACACUCUGGCGCGUUCUGAGAGGCGUCGUCAAGGACUUCAGGAUCGAGGGCCAGCCGUUCUGGUGCAAUACGGUCGCGGAGUCCAAGGACGUGGUGUACGACGGGAUGUAUUGCAACGCGACGAACACGAAUCCAGAGUACUAUGGGUACAACGUCGUCCCGAACACGGACGGUAUCGAUACAUUCCGAGCGGACAACGUCACGUUGCUCAACUGGGAUAUUACGUUAGGAGACGACUGUCUUGCGAUCAAGGGGAACUCCACAAACCUCUACUUUCAGAACAUCACAUGCCGCGGCGGCAACGGUAUCGCUUUCGGUUCUCUAGGGCAAUAUGCAAAUCUCUUUGACCGCGUCGGAAAUGUGACACUGGAAGACAUUCGCUUGUUGCACAUCGAUCCAGAGAUCCAGCCGAACAUGGGCAGUGCGGUUUAUUUCAAGUCCUGGUCCGGCACAACCAUCGGUCACCCUCCCGACAAUGGCGGUGGGGGUGGAGGUCUUGUCACGAAUGUCACCGUCCGCAACGCAGAGUUGUAUAACGUCUCUCUGCCUAUCCAUGUGUAUCAGACCAAUGGAGCGCACCCAGGCGACUCACCAUCAACGCUGCAAUUCGCGAACCUGAGCUUCUACAACUUCACAGGUACAUCAUCGGGCAGUACCAUUGUUGAUAUAGCAUGCAGCCCAGCCGCGCCUUGCCCUGGAAUGGUGUUUGAGAACAUCAAUAUCACCGUGAAUACUGGAGCAGAGCCGGUGUAUACCUGUACGAACGUCGUCAGCCAGCAGGGACUAUCUAGCUGCGAGACUACCUCGACAUGAUACUAUCGUUGAGAUACGACUGUAGAUAGCCUUUUGUGUCCAUUUGCUACAAGCGGUCGGGCUUGUGUCUCUCAUACUACGUAAGGGGAGCAGUCAAGUACCGAGACAUAUUGAAGGGAUCUUACUCACCUCGCAACUGAGACUUG